GCUCAGCUUUCAGUGUGAAGAAAUGUCUCACUUUGCUACACCGUUUAUUGUUGUGAAUUUAGGUUGUGAAAUGAUCUAUGUUAUAGAUCAGAGGUUAAAAACGCAGCACAUACCUUUGGAUAAGGCUGAAAGAGUACUUACAGAUAUUGUGACUGUUCUGCUACAUCCCAAACUAAUGGAAGAGCUAUUUAUACCUCAACCGGUCGCUACUCAUGCCGUCAUUAAACAACUGCUUCAAGAUAUUUCUGCAUCAUCCAUUAUGAAACUGGAUGACUACUCCAUGAGCAAAUUAUGGGAUCUCAUGACGAUGAUAUUCAAAUGGCAGCUCUCUGUAGCUAUAAAUCAAAAUAUAUUUGACAUUAGUCGGCGACAUUUGCGAAGCGUAAAUAAACUUAUGCCGCAAUACUUCGCUACGUGCAUUUUCGAAGAUGCUCUGAGAAAAUUUGAAUCUCUUUCUAAUACAUUUACUGAUGAUGAUUACAAUGGUUUGUGCAAUACGUUAAUACUCUGGUUUUCAGAAUACCACACAAAAAUUUCAGUGCUUCUUAGAUUAGGUUUACAAAAGAAAGACGGCACUUUUAGUAUGCCUUCAACGCUUAAUACGGCUGUCCUUAUGAAUUUAGGGGAAAAUAUUUACAAAUAUGAUUCAAAGAAAUCUGAGGAAUACGAAAGCAGCUGUAUUGAAACGAGCGAAAUAAGCUAUCUCUUGGGAUCAGUGGAAAAAGUAGGAUCGUGUAAACCGAAUUAUGUCAAGCUUCAGCUUCCUAUAGACUUAGGAAAUGAGAAGAUAAAAAAUAAGACUAUUAAUUUAGAUAAGAAUAUUGGACAAACGAAUAUAACAGCCCACAUAAAAAACAAAAAUAAUAUGGAUCUUACUUACACAGCCAAUUUACCCAGCUCACCACAACAGGAUCUUAUAAAAAUGCUUGGUGAAACUUUUAAAGAUGAUUAACUUAAAUUAAUGUAAUGUAAACGUAACAUAAACGUAGGUAUGUAUCCGCUGCAAAAGUAUUUGAUUAAGUCUUUCAAACUUUUUCUUCGUUCCAAUUUAUUCCUAUGUUUUACUAGUGCCUACUAGGAAUAUGGGAAGAAUAUCCUAAGUUAAAAUAAAACGCGUCCUUUGGCGUCUGAAUUUAAAGUAAUCCUACUAAUAAUUGUUUAUUGUAGUUUUAUAACAACUAUAACUUUGGUCUUUGUUAAGCUAUUUUGAGUUAAAAUGGGGAAUACCAAACCAUAAAGUAUAACCAUACGCACAUACCAUGGACGACAGAAGUAGACAAAGGUAAA